UCACACACACAGAGACACACACACAGAGUCACACACACAGAGACACACACACAGAGUCACACACACAGUGACACACACACAGACACACACACAGAGUCACACACACACAGAGAAUAUUCUGAAAUAUUCCAAAUGGCUGCGGAAUAUCUCGUCCGCUCUCCCGUAUAGGUUAAUUCCUGUCGUUUUUUUAUUUUCACUCUAGAUAUACGCACACAUUAUAUGAUUAUCAUUAUUAUUAUGCCGAUGAUUAGCAGUUCGUUGUUUAAUAACAGUCGAUUUAAUCAUUGUGUUACUGCGUGCCAUGGAUGCAGUGGCUACGGUGGAUUACCAAUGGUGAGCGUCACGGCGAUGGUGGUGAUGGUGGUGGUGAUGGUGAUGUGAUGGGGGUGGUGGUGGUGAUGUGAUGGGGGUGUUGGUGGUGAUGAUGAUGAUGUUGGAUUGCAUGCGACGAUGAUGAUGAUGAUGACGGUGGUGGUGAUGUUGCGAUGCUAACGGUGGUGAUGGUGGCGAUGUUGAGAUGCAUGCUUUGGUGAUGUACGGCUACGGGAUGAUGAUGUUGAUGAUGAUGAUGUUGAUGAUGGUGGUGGUGGUGGUGACAUAAUUGGUCGGGGCGGUUGUUAAUUGAUGAUAUCGAUGGAAAAACAACAACAACAGCAACCAGCACAGGACAACAACGAGGUUUAUAUAAUUCACGCAUGAAUAAUGCAUGAACGCGCUCGCCGUUCAGCGUGUCGAGUCGCCACGUCCCUGCGAGCGGAGAAGGAUUGUCGCCCAACGGUGUGAAGAUCGGAUAGGACCUCGCACAGCCUGACCACCUCGGCUGGCCCACCAGACUGAGAAGCCGACGUCUCGAACCACCCCCAUGCGCACCCCCACUGCUUGGCACUCACAGAAGCGCCAAUAUUUCGUCGCGUGGAAUAGACGGUGGCCAUUUUCCCCCCACCCCCAAUCCUCCUCCUCCUCCUUCUCCUCCUCCUCCUCCUCCUCCCCUCCUGUGACGUUAGUCCUUCACUGCGCAAUGCCGUCGUAGGCCUGUGACGAAAACGUCCGAUCGCCGUUCCCUCGGCAAGCGUUCAAGCUUCACUUCCGAACUGGUGCGCGAGUGAGCCGAGAGCCCUUGCCUCGAGGCCGAAGCCUGCCGGGCCUAACAGGGCAACGGGAAGCCUCGGCUUUCCUUAUAUAGCUUCGGGUCGGUUUCUGGGGGGGGGGUGACGAACGCGUGCCGGAUUUGUCCGCGCGUCUUCGUCGGCGUCGGGUUUUUUCACGGUUUUUUUUUUUUUAAUUUAGAUGUAACGCCGUGCAUCGGAUCUAAAGGAGGGGGAGGGGGGGGGAUGGGAUGGGGGGGUUUGUGGGGCAAAAACCGACGACGGAACGGCGAUGCCAGGUUUCGUGGAAGGCCUGAGCGAAAUUCGUCAAUCCCGUUCGAGUAAUUUUCUUUCACCGGAAUGCCCCCGCGGCCCGAUUGGACUUUCACGAAGACGCAGGUGGCCGGGUGAGACCCCUGAGCGCCACCCACCCCAACCCAACACCUCCAACGCACGCGUAGCACGCGGGGGGCUGGGGAGAGAAUUUUCCCACCAAUUCAAUGUUUUGUCGGUCGCACUUUUAACUGCUGACCCACGUGGGCCAUAGCGGGGGUUUUCACCACCCCUCCCCCCUACCCCGCCCCCUCCCCCACCCCCCCCCAAGCAAUCUCAAAGUUCCAAAUUCCUGCCCCAAUAUCCCUUCGCUGUCAGAUAUUCUGCGAGGACCGUGGCGGGAGUUUCAUAACGGCCAGGCCUUUUUUUUUUUCUCUUUUAAUUCUCCCUCCCGUGCAUGUCAAGGGGCUGUCAUCACCCGGGGCCGGCGGGUUUGGGGAAAUAAAAUAACGAGUUUUGAAAUCGCCGAGGAGCACGACGAGCGGGAAGAGCAACACGAAAUAAGGCGACGUUCAAAGCUCGAGGGGGGUCUCGGCUCUCUCCGCCGUCGGGAUCGAGUCGAAAUACCCGACGUCACGUCAACAUCCUCCUCCUCCUCCUCCCUCCUCCUCCUCCUCCUCCUCCUCCUCCUCCCUCCUCCCUCCUCCCGCCUCCCACACCUCCACGUGCCCCUCGCUCGAUCGGCGCCAUCGCUCGCAGUGGCUUUUUCACGUAGGCUGGGGGCCCCCCUCUCGAUGACCUCGCGAAGCGGACGCGCGCAGCCACCAGCGACCGUCCGGCCCGCGCGCUGCGGCGUUGACCUCUCGGCCGCCUCUGUGGCCCUGGCCGGGGGCGAGCGGCUGAGCGGGCGGCCGAGCGGGCGGCCGAUUUAGCGAGCAGCGUGGACAAUCAACAACGAAGGGCACGGGCUCCGCCCUUCACGGGAACCGCCCUCGCGAAGCCCGCCGACGAUGCUGCGGAUUGCGUCUCGCGCGAGGCCGGGUCGGCGGCCGCGGCCGCGGCUGCUGCCGACGCUGGCGCUGCUGCUGCUGGACCUGGCGGCGAGCGGGAGCCUCGGCCUCGGCGGCGGCGGCGGCGGGCCGGCGCACGGGGCCUCGCCCGGCCAGGAGGCGCCCGUCAUCCAGACGAGCUACGGCAAGCUGCGGGGCACUCGAGUCAACCUCGUCAACGAGAUCCUGGGGCCCGUCAACCAGUACCUGGGCGUGCCAUACGCGGCCGCCCCGGUCGGCGAGCGGCGCUUCCAGCCACCCGAGCCCCCGGCCUCGUGGCAGCAGACGCGCAACGCGACGCGCUUCGCGCCCGUCUGCCCGCAGAACGUCCAGGGGGUGCUGCUCGAGGUCAUGCUGCCCGUGUGGUUCACCUCCAACGCCGAGGUGGUGGCGAGCCACCUGCUGGAGCAGAGCGAGGACUGCCUCUUCCUGAACGUCUACGUGCCCACGGAGGAUGUCAAACGAAUAUCCAAGGAAUGUGCUCGAAAGCCGGGGAAAAAAGUGUGUAAAAAAGGAGGAACAAAUGCUAAGAAAUUCACAGAUGACUUCUCCACUAAUGAGGGAGAUGAAGAACGAGACAUCCGUGACGAGGGCCCCCGUCCCGUGAUGAUGUACAUCCACGGAGGCUCCUACAUGGAGGGCACGGGGAAUUUGUUCGACGGGAGCGUCCUCGCCAGCUACGGCAACGUCAUCGUCGUCACCCUCAACUACCGCCUCGGAGUGCUCGGCUUCCUGAGCAUGAACGAUCCGGCGGCGAAAGGCAACUACGGCCUCCUCGAUCAGAUCCAGGCAUUGCGCUGGAUCAGCGAGAACAUCAUCCACUUUGGGGGGGACCCCCUCCGGGUGACAGUGUUUGGCUCUGGAGCGGGCGCGUCUUGCGUCAACCUGUUGACGCUAUCGCACCAUUCUGAAGGUAACAGGUGGAGCAAUUCUUCAAAAGGUACAAAGAGCUCACCCACCUCAUGUUCAUUAACUCAAACAAAAACAAAAACAAAAAAAAAAACGGACGGAAAGAAAUUACGCGGAUAAAAGCAUUCGCGCGAACGAUUCGAUGGCCGAAAUUUUCGGAUUUGGAAAGCAAACCAAAAAUUAAAACCGUGAUAUAAUUCGUCAAAUUAAAAGUUCGCGACCCAAAAAAAAAAAAUAAUAAUAAUAAUAAUUCCCAAAUCGGCCAGAUUUGCAAUCGCCCAACAGACGAAAUAAUGAACCAAAAAAAUUCGUUGAUAAAAAAAAAUCGAAAAACAAAAUCACGCGAUCCGUCAAUGACGACGUCGAUUUUAUACUCGCGGGAAUUUUCCGUCGCGCCAAAAGAAAAAUUAAAGAGAAACCCCCCCACCUACCCACCCCCCCAAACCAC